GAAGAUGGCGUCCGACAUGGAGACAGAAGUGCAGGCCCUUGACAGAAGCCUCCUGGAAUGUUCCUCCGAGGAGAUUGCCCUGAACUGGCUGCAAGCAUCUGAUCUUCCUAAAGAAAUAUAUAAGCACCUAGCCUAUUAUGUGCCCCAAAUUUACUGCAGAGGUCCCAAUCCAGCCCCCGAAAGAGAAGAUAUGCUUGCACAACAUGUUCUUCUGGGCCCAAUGGAAUGGUAUCUUUGUGGUGAAGAUCCUACUUAUGGCUUUCAAAAACUUGAGCAAGCAAACAAACCUUCACAUCUUUGUGGCCGAGUUUUUAAAGUUGGAGAACCUACCUAUUCUUGCAGAGAUUGUGCAGUUGAUUCUACUUGUGUAUUAUGCAUGGAAUGCUUUCUGGGAAGUGUUCACAGGGAGCAUCGAUAUAGGAUGACAACUUCAGGUGGAGGUGGUUUCUGUGACUGUGGUGACACUGAAGCUUGGAAAGAAGGUUUUUACUGCCAGAAGCAUGAGCACAGUACUUCAGAAACUGAGGAGAAUGAGGAUCCUCUUGUGCAUUUGCCAGAAGAUAUGAUAACGAAAGUGUAUGGUAUUUUUGCAGUUGUCUUUCAGUAUGCUGUAGAUAUAUUAACAUGGGAGAAAGAAAAUGAAUUGCCACCAGGUUUAGAAACAGCCAAGAAAAAUGAUACUUAUUACUGCAUGCUUUUUAAUGAUGAAGUCCACACAUAUGAGCAAGUUAUUUAUACACUUCAAAAAGCAGUGAAUUGUACACAGAAGGAGGCCAUUGGGUUUGCAACAACUGUGGAUCGAGAUGGGCGCAGAUCAGUUCGCUAUGGAGAUUUUCAGUAUUGUGACCAAGCCAAAUCUGUGAUAGUGAGAAGUACUACUCGCCAGACUCGGCCAUUGAAGGUUCAAGUUAUGCGUUCAUCUAUUGUUGCCCAUCAAAGCUUUGGUCUGAAGCUUCUCACUUGGCUGAGUAACAUUAUCGGAUAUUCAGAUGGUCUUCGUAGAAUAUUGUGCCAAGCUGGUUUACAAGAAGGACCGGAAGGAGAAAAUUCUUCCCUUGUUGAUAAAUUGAUGCUUUCUGAUUCUAAACUUUGGAAAGGAGCUAGAAGUGUGUAUCAUCAGUUAUUCAUGAGCAGCCUACUUAUGGAUUUGAAAUACAAGAAACUGUUUGCUUUCCGGUUUGCCAGAAAUUAUGAGCGAUUGCAGAAUGAUUAUGUGAAAGAUGACCACGACAGAGAGUAUUCAAUUGCUGACCUCUCGGUGCAGAUUUUCACAGUACCUUCUCUUGCAAGAAUGUUAAUUGUAGAAGAGAAUCUCCUGACUACUAUAAUCUCAACAUUUAUGGAUCACUUACGACAUAGAGAUAUACAGGGGAGAUUUCAGUUUGAACGGUAUACUGCACUACAGGCAUUCAAGUUCCGACGAGUGCAAAGCCUGAUUCUGGAUUUAAAGUAUGUGUUGAUAAGCAAGCCAGUUGAGUGGUCAGAUCAACUGAGGCAAAAAUUUCUAGAUGGCUUUGAUGUCUUCUUGGAAUUGCUGAGGUGUAUGCAAGGUAUGGAUCCAAUAACCCGCCAAGUAGGACAGCAUAUUGAAAUGGAACCAGAGUGGGAAGCUGCAUUCACACUGCAAAUGAAAUUAACACAUGUUAUCUCAAUGAUGCAAGACUGGUGUGCUUUAGAUGAAAAAGUGCUUAUUGAAGCAUAUAAGAAAUGUUUGACUACUUUGAUGCAAUGCCACUGUGGUUUUACUGAUGGAGAACAGCCUAUUGAACUCAGCAUGUGUGGCCAUUCAGUUGAAACUAUUAGAUACUGUGUUUCUCAGGAAAAAGUUAGCAUUCAUCUUCCUGUUUCCCGUUUACUUGCAGGUCUACAUGCACUUUUGAGCAAAACAGAAGUAGCAUACAAGUUUCCAGAACAACUGCCAAUGAGUGAACUUAGUCCACCUAUGUUAAUUGAACAUCCCCUGCGAUGUCUAGUUCUGUGCGCCCAAGUUCAUGCUGGAAUGUGGCGGAGAAAUGGAUUUUCACUUGUUAAUCAGAUAUACUACUAUCAUAAUGUAAAGUGCAGAAAAGAAAUGUUUGACAAAGACAUAGUAAUGCUCCAGACAGGUGUGUCUAUGAUGGAUCCAAACCACUUUUUGAUGAUGAUGCUGUGUCGCUUUGAACUUUAUCAGAUAUUUAGUACACCUGAUUAUGGCAAAAGAUUCAGUUCUGAAAAUACCAAUAAGGAUAUGGUUCAGCAAAAUAAUACCCUCAUUGAAGAAAUGUUACACCUAAUUAUAAUUAUUGUUGGAGAGAGAUUUACUCCAGGAAUUGGGCAGAUUAAUGCUACAGAUGAAAUCAAAAGAGAGAUUAUUCACCAGCUGAGCAUCAGACCCAUGGCUCAUAGUGAACUAGUAAAAGCAUUGCCAGAAGAUGAAAACAAAGAGACCGGAAUGGAAACUGUCAUUGAAGCAGUUGCCUGUUUCAAGAAACCAGGAUUAACAGGAAGAGGCUUAUAUGAGUUAAAGCCAGAAUGUGCUAAAAAUUUCAAUUUAUACUUUUACCAUUUUUCAAGGGCAGAACAGUCUAAGGCAGAGGAAGCCCAAAGAAAACUAAGACGGCAAAACCGGGAAGACACAGCACUCCCACCUCCUGUAUUACCAUCAUUUUGCCCUCUGUUUGAAAGCCUGAUUAAUAUUCUGCAGUGUGAUGUCAUGUUAUGCCUUAUGAGAACAAUCCUUCAGUGGGCAGUAGAGCAUAAUGGAUAUGCCUGGUCAGAGUCCAUGCUACAAAGGAUUCUCCACUUGAUUGGAAUGGCACUACAAGAAGAAAAACAACAUAUUGAGAAUGCUAGUGAAGAUAAUCUUGUGACUUUUACAUUCACUCAGAGGAUUGCAAGGCCUUGUGAGACACCCCGCAAUUCCCCAAGUAUAUUAGCCAUGCUAGAAACUUUGCAAAAUGCACCCCACCUAGAAGUGCAUAAAGACAUGAUCAGAUGGAUACUAAAGACUUUUAAUACUGUUAAGAAACUCCGAGAGAGAUCUUCUACAAGUCCUGUUUUGGAGACUGAGGGAAACUUUAUGGAAGAGAGCUCACGAGAUAAAGAAAAGGCCGAGAGGAAACGAAAAGCAGAGAUUGCUAGAUUGCGAAGAGAGAAGAUCAUGGCACAGAUGUCUGAGAUGCAGCGGCAUUUCAUUGAUGAGAACAAAGAACUCUUCCAGCAAACCAUAGAUGAACUUGAAACUUCUACCUCCAGAGUGCACGAUCAUAGUCCUUCAGUUUCAGAUUCCAGGCUUAUUGCCUUGGGUCCCGAGCAGACUAAAGUAUGUGAACAAAGACAAAUAGUUACUUGUAUCUUAUGCCAAGAAGAACAGGAGGUCAAAAUGGAUAAUAGAGCAAUGGUGCUGGCAGCAUUUGUUCAGAGAUCAACAGUCUUAUCCAAAAAUAGGAAUAAAGUGAUUUCAGAUCCUGAAAAAUAUGAUCCAUUAUUUAUGCAUCCAGACCUGUCAUGUGGAACACACACUGGUAGUUGUGGACAUAUUAUGCAUGCACAUUGCUGGCAAAGGUAUUUUGAUGCCGUGCAAGCAAAAGAACAAAGACGACAACAAAGAUUACGAGUGCAUACAAGUUACGAUGUAGAAAAUGGUGAAUUCCUUUGUCCUCUCUGUGAAUGCUUAAGCAAUACUGUCAUUCCUCUUCUUCCUCCUCCAAGGACUUUAUUUAGCAGAUUAGACUUUGCAAAAGAACAAAAUCUAGUUCAAUGGAUAAGAAGAUUGUCUCAGCAAAUCAAAGCAUUGGUUAUGCUUCGAGAUCAGGAAAGUGCCAAUAAUCUUCCUUGUAAUAACUCAGAAAAAAUGGAUGAAGCACAUCUACCUGAAGGAUUUAGGCCAGAGGUUCAACCAAAGAAUCCAUAUUCUGAAAGCAUUAAGGAAAUGCUGAAAACAUUUGGUACUGCAACGUAUAAAGUUGGCCUGAAAGUUCACCCCAAUGAAGACGAUCCACGUGUACCUAUAAUGUGCUGGGGCAGUUGUGCAUUUACAAUCCAAGCAAUAGAGCAAAUUUUAGCUGAUGAAGAAAAACCAUUAUUUGGUCAAUUGUCUUGCAGACAGGAUGACUGUCUUACUUCAUUAACACGAUUUGCGGCUGCACAGUGGACAGUUUCUUCACUAUUAGCAGUACAGGGUCACUUUUGUAUGCUUUUAUCAUCACUGGUGCCUUAUGAAAAAAGUGGAAAUCUUCCAUGCAUUCUUGAUAUCGACAUGUUUCAUUUAUUGGUAUGCUUGGUAUUCUCUUUCCCUGCUGUACAUUGUCAGGACUUUUCAGGAGUCAGUCUUGGUACAGGAGAUAUUCAUAUCUUCCACCUUGUCACUAUGGCACAAAUUGUGCAAAUAAUACUUACCUCAUCCACAGAAGAAAAUGGCAUGGACCAAGGAAACUCUACUGUUGAAGAAGCUGCUGUUCUUGCUUUGCAUAAGCAUAUUGGCCAGUGUGUGGGCAGUGCCUUGAAAGAAAUUUCUUCUGGAUGGCACCUAUGGAAAAGUAUAAAAACUGGGAUCAUGCCUUUUCUGAGGUGCUCUGCUAUGUUCUUCCACUAUUUAAAUGGAGUUCCCAUACCACCAGAAUUGAAAGCCAAUGGGGCAAACCAGUUUGAAUACUUAUGUAGCUAUCUCUCCUUGCCAACCAACUUAAUUUGCCUUUUUCAAGAGAACAGCAAAAUUACAAAUACAUUAAUAGAAAGCUGGUGUAAUAACAGUGAAGUAAAAAGAUGCCUGCAAGGUCAGCGACAAGCCAUAUGCUAUCCACGUGAGUCUAAUAAAUUAAUAGAACUUCCAGAAGAUUACAGCUGCCUAAUCAAUCAAGCAUCUAAUUUUUCGUGUCCAAAGUCAGGUGGUGAUAAAAGUAGAGCACCAACAUUAUGCCUUGUCUGUGGAACUAUGUUGUGUUCUCAGAGCUACUGUUGUCAAACAGAGCUAGAGGGAGAAGAUGUAGGAGCAUGUACUGCACAUACAUAUACAUGUGGCUCUGGAGUCGGAAUUUUCCUCAGAGUACGUGAAUGUCAAGUGCUAUUUCUUGCUGGAAAAACCAAGGGUUGUUUCUAUGCUCCUCCCUAUUUAGAUGACUAUGGAGAGACUGAUCAGGGACUCAGGCGUGGGAAUCCUUUACAUCUGUGCAGAGAAAGAUUUAAAAAGAUUCAAAAACUCUGGCAACAACACAGUAUCACAGAGGAAAUAGGACAUGCACAAGAAGCAAAUCAAACUUUAGUAGGCAUUGACUGGCAGCAUUUAUAAUUUAUUUUCUGAGUUCUAGAACUGAAUAAUUCUUUUGUAAUCCAUCAUAAUACAUCAAGCAAAAAA